UGUCAAACACUGAAUGGCCGCCAUUUCUCUCGUACGAAUAUUUGAAUGUGUCUCUAUGUGGACCACAGUAUUCGCAGUUUCUGCAAAUACAGGGAUAAAGAGGUUAGCCCGGUUGCUCGAGGAGUAAAAGGGUGGAACGGACUGGCGCAUCGACGGGACCCCAGCGACACCCGAAGGCCCUGAAUUGGAGACUUUGUUUCGGGUGCACCUCUCGCUCGUUCCGAACACCUCCUAUGUGACAGAACCCAUCACCCGUGCUAACAUCUCGACUUCUCUCAGCGAGUGAGCAUGGUCUGAGGCUGGCAUCUACUGCGUCGUGCCCAAGGCAGCAGCAUGGCUACGGCGGCCCCCGUGGCGGCGGCAGCGGAGGCCCCGAGUGGGGGAGCGGCCCAGCAGCGGGGGAGCCCCGUGUGGGGGCGGGGUCCGUCGGAGGGGCCCCAGGGAGCGGCCUGGCCCUGCUAACAUGAGCCUGGCCCUGCCCCAGUCUCAGGCCCAGCCGCGACUGGGGGGCCCUACCCCCAAUGGGGGGGCCCCCCCACAUACGUCCUGCCUGCAGCCUCCAAGCAGCCUGCUACCCGGGGUUGAUGCCCGGGGUCCCCCCACCCCCCUGGAGGUGCCGGGCGUGGUGCCGCAGGUGGUGGUGGUGCCGCCCCCUCCCCUCCGGCCGCGGGAGCACAAGCCCCACACGUCGUCCCUGCACCACCAUGGCUACGCUAACUGCUUCGGCCUGCCCUACCAGGACCACAACUACGGAGCACCCCCUCCCCCGACACCCCCCCAGAGCCCUCCCCCGGCACCCCAGGCCCCCGUGCACAGGGUCAACGGGGUGCUGUCCAGCGAGGACCGGGGGACCCCCCUGGAGCAGGCCCCUCCCCCGACCUCCCUGCCCAACGGGUGCCUGGAGGAGGUCAAGCGGGAGGGGGCCUCUCCCGCGGAGGAGAGCGUCACACGCUGCAUAUGUGGCUUCAACCAUGAUGACGAAUACAUGAUCUGCUGCGACCACUGCUCGGUGUGGCAGCACGUGGACUGCAUGGGCCUGGACCGCAGUCGCAUUCCCGAGACGUACCUGUGCGAGCGGUGCCACCCUCGCAGGGUGGACCGCCACCGGGCCCGCACCCUGCAGACGCGCAAGAAGCAGCAGAUGAGCCGGGCCCCGAGCCGGGUGGAGUCGACUUCGGACGAGAGCGGGGGCGGUGCGGCGGGGGCUCUCCCGGGGGACGAGAACAGAGGGGGGGACCACGGGGGCGCCCCCCACCCCAAGGGAGCCCACCCCAGGGUGCGGCGCAAGCGGCGCCGCUCGGAGGGCAAGGAGCCCGCGGGCAGGCAGCUGGACCCCGCAACGGGGGACACGGCAGCCACCAAGAGGCUCAAGGCCAAGAAAAUUAUGAAGGAGAGGAUCGAACGGAAAAAGGUCAAGUUAAAAAAUAUGGUGAAGAAGCCCAAGACCCGGUUUCUGGGCCUCGCGCAAGUUCCUGCCAAGGAGGAGGAGGCAGCCCAGGACGCCUGGGGUCCGGGAGUGUCCCCCCCGGGGGGCGGGGCCUCCCCCGGGGACCGGUACGAGACUGCCCUCAUCAACCAGUACACCCCGGAGGUGCAGCUCAUGGCCGGCUCGCUCAAGCUCAACGGACAGCACGAGGCCCUGACGUGCAAGGUGUCUACGGCCGGCGGGGACGCCCCCUGGCGGGUGGAGGCGUGCGGGGGAGGGCAGCGCCGCCUGGUGGCGACCCACGCCCUGGGGCCCCAGCAGCCCCUGCUCGAGGUGCGGGGAAAGUUCCUGUCGGCCUCCCAGUUCCGCCACCAGAACCCGGUGUUCCACAAGCGGCUGUACCCCUUCGUGCUGUUCUACCAGCCGUGCGCGGAGGAGGAGACGGUGUGCGUGGACGCCCGGGAGUAUGGCAACGAGGCCCGCUUUGUGCGCCGCUCCUGCUGCCCCAACGUGCAGGUGCAGCACGUGGUGCACAACGGCCUGCUCCACCUGUACCUGGUCUCCUCCAGGGACAUUGCCCCGGGGCAGGAGCUCACCAUCCCCUUCGACUUCGACUACCGUCAGUGCAUCCACAGCGUGAGCUGUGCGUGUGGCUCCGAGGACUGUAGAGUGGCCAGCAAGGGACGCAAGGCCGCUCCUCCGGCGGAGCGCAAGCGUCGUGGCCGCCGGGUGAGCACGAGCAGCUGCGGUCUGGUCGAGGAGGAACCGGCGCUGGCCAAGGAGGCGGCGCGACUGGCGCCGCACAACGACGACCAGCCGUCCCUGGGCGCCCUGGCCGAACCGCAGGAGUGCAGUCCGGCGAUGGCGUCUCCCGCCUCGGACUCGGCCACGGGCCAGGAGGGCCACCAAGGGGUCCCCGAGGACCAGGAGAGCGAGGAGCAGAGCUCGGCGGAGCGGCGGCGCAAGAUGACGCGGGAGGAGCGCAAGAUCGACGCCAUCAUGCGUGCCUUUGAGAAGAUGGAGCGGACGGAGAAGCGGCGCCGGCAGGCCCUGGAGCGCAUGGCCCAGCAGCACCGGGGGGGCCCCAAGCACGAGCACCCGCCCUUGCCGGACAAGCUGGAGGACGAACGUUCCAACGACUCCUCCCUGCCUGCCGCGCCGCCCGAGGAACUCAAGCCCGAGCCCCACCCUGAGGGCGGCACAGAGGACAGAGCGGUCUCUCUGCACAGGGCCAGAAAGGGAAAGCGGCGGCGCAGCACGGUCUCCCGGCGUCGCAGCCGUACGGUCAGCGGGGGCUCGGAGCUUCUGGGGUCUCCGCCGGAGUGCGAGGCCUCGCUCGAGGCUCCGCCCCCUUCGGCGAUGCACUGCCCGUUGUCCCCUCCCUGCCACCGGGAGGAGGAGCCAGUGACUGCGGAGGUGCCUGCCACGCCCCCCCAGGGGGCCGCCCUGUCGCCCGGACCGUCGCCCACGGGGAAGGCCUUUGCCCUGCCCAAGUCAAAGAGGUUCUUGAUGCAGGGCUGGCUGCACGAAAAGGCCUGCGGAGACGUGGCCGAGGGUGGGCCCGGCCACCCCGGGGCGGCGCCCCCUCCCACCACCCCAGUGGAGGAGGCACCCUGCUACGUGCGGUGCACGCGGGACCCCGCUCCGUCGGCGGUGGGCAUCUCGGCUGCCCACCUCCGGCGCAACAGCUGCUCCACCUCGGCACCCACCUCCGGCGGCUCCGCGAAAAAGCGGUGGCUGCGGCAGGCCAUGUUCGAGUCGAGCGAGGAGGUGACGGAGGACGGGGGCCUGGAAGGGGCGUGCCCCGGCAGCCCGCCCGCGGCCGGAGAGGACAGCUGCCAGUCGGUCUCGCCUCCCCCCGCCGGAGGUGGGUGCUGCCGGGACGUCCCGCGCUGGGACGAGCCCUGGGGCCCCUUGCGAGGAGGGCUUGACGCAGACCUGGUGACCCCCCUGAAGAAGCGGAGGCUGGUGCGGGAGUCCCGGGAAUCCCUGGACUCCAUGACGGGGGGCCUGUCCCCGGCGACGGGGGAGGCGGCCGCCACCCUGCUUUCGUUCCAGGCGCCCUGCCUGGCGGCCCCCUUUGCGGCCCCCUUCCACCGGGUGGAGGUCCCCCCGGAACAGAGCCCCCCGGGGCCCCCCCCUGAAGAAGAGGAGGACCCCCCGACCCCCCUGGACGACGAGGAGAGCCUGGUGGACUGCGAUGAGUCGACGACGGAGGAGGCGGCGGUGCCGGAGGGGCCCCGGCUGCUGCCCCCGAUCCCAGUGUCCCUGCCGGACCCUCUGGUGAUGAUGGCCUCCCACCAGGUGCCACCCCUGGACACCACGGCAGCUUUGCCGCCACCAGCUGCCACCGAGGUGGUCUUCAGCCACAGGAUGGAGGAGGUGCCGGAAAGGCCCCCCGAGGCGGCGCGGGUGGCGACCGCAGACGCGCCUUGGAGCGGGCUGCGGACAGACGCGGUGGACGUGUCGGACUGCUCGACUGCCUCGUCGUCCUCAUCGUCCCUGUGCGCGCUGCCGCCCUCUUCGCCCGGCUCCCGGCCCCUGGCGUCGUCCGGAGGCAUGCUCAAGCGCAAGGUGGGCAUGCCACCCUCUCUGCGCGCAGGGACACGGCCGGUCAUGAAGGUGAGCCUGUCGGAGUACCGGAUGCGGAUGCGGGAGACAGGCAAGGCGGCCGGCGUGGCCUCCUGCAAGAGCCCCCUGGGACCCCCGGGCCCCCCGGUGCAGGACCGCCAGGGCACGCCCCUCUGCUCCCCUGCCAAGGGUGAAGAAGAGGACGACCCCUGGGGCCAGCCCCGGCGGGAGCGACUGAGCCAGCGGCUGCGGCGGGAGUUCGGCCUGGACGACGACUCGGACUCGGAGAGGAACCCCCACGCCGACGGUGCCCCCACACUGCCACCUUCGGCGGCAGGCUACCAGCCGCCCCUGGUGCCCCACCUCGGCACCCUCCAGCCCCCGGGAACUCCCAGGGGCACCCCAGGUGCCGCCGGAGGAACCACUCCUCCGCAAGGACGGCCCCCCCAGGGCUACUUCCACAGCUAGGCCCCUCCUCCCGUGCCACAGCCCCGUCAGUGACUGGCCCCCGUGGCCUUGGGUGCACGACCGUGUUUGCGAGGGGUGCCCUCGGAGGAGUGUGGACCGCCCCGGGUGGAACCGUUUGUAUAUAAGCAAUGGACGUACCCAGUUGACACCCCAUCUUCAUUGGAGCCCCCAGAGGCUCCCUCGACCCCGUGCUCACCUCGGAUUCGACGGACAUUACGUGUGGCGAGUGUGUACGGACAAGCCGCCUGCGUCGGUUGCUCGGGUCUGACCCGAUACCGGAUCGCUUGGCCGUACAAGUCGGACCCGGUACAUUAGUGCGUGGCCGGGCCCAUCGUGCUGGCUUUGCAUCGGCCCUGUUGAUAUGUAUGUAUGCAGCGGAGUUUCCGCAGGUUCCUGGGUAGCCCCCUACCCUCUACCCUUUUUUUCCCGGUUCCCCGGGACCGGUUUUCAUCCCCCUGGUUGUUCAAGGUCACCCGUCAUCGGCGACGUCGGGAAUCCCUCUCUGCAUCUGGGGGUCCCGCUCCGUUCCGAAGGGAAGAGCGGGGUGCUCCCUCCCACCCAUCGUGUACAUAGCUAUACAUAGCGUAACCGUAUCGCAUGUUAGCCCGCAUUCUCAUUUGUGUUUCGGUGUCGCGUAACACGCCGCGCCCUUUGGCGGUUCCUGUACAUAGUGUACAUAGAGGGGUCGGCCCUCUUGCCGCGCAGCGAGGCCCAGUGAAGAGGGGAGGGGGGGUGUAACAAAGAGGCCACGCCCGACUACCGUCCUCCCAUUUCCUCACGACUUGUACAUACCGGAAGGUCGUUAUCUUUUAAGCCGUGAAUCGUUAAUCGCAUUGUUUCACGGUCCAUUUUACGCGUCGCUACAUUGCCCGCUUGGCUUCAAUCGGCGUCCUGGGACUCCUCGCUCAGAGACGUCGGGCCGAGAGCAGGCCGACGUGGGCUUCGUUGGCCCGUUGCUUGGGGACGGCGGGCCCCACUUCACCGCUGCUCCUCGAGGCCAUUUGGUUUUUAAACUCCCUGUCCCUCAUUGGAGAAGACGACAAAACGCAAAACCGUGUGAUAACUUAUUUUGUAGCCUAGAGAGUGUCUCCUGCCGCGUCUUGCUCAGGUGGCUGGCAGCUCCUCAUUUGCUUCCGGCUGGGGUGGUUCCAAGUUUGACGGAGUCGCAGAGGGGCGCAGACGCGUGCUGCCCCAUUCUUCUGCGCUGGUUGCUGAGAAUCGUGCAUGGUCUCGGUUGGGCUUCGCACAACCGGGCUGGUGUGUCGGGUAACGGGUCAGCUCGCGAGGUGUCGUUUGUGGAGGGCUCUGGGGAGGCGAGCGGCUCCCUGUGCAAGACCUGCUGCGUGUCAUGUUGUGUGUGCUCUCCAAAGCUGUAAAUAAAGGAGGCUACUUUCUUCA